CUUGCUGGAGUAGAUUUAUAUUUUAUUUAUUUUGCAUAAAAUUUGUAUUUCAUUAUUUUUAGCUUCUUGAGGAGUAUGGGAACGUUGAAUCCAAAGCCAGUCCUGCCUGACUGCCCCUAUAAAAUCAGUGGGAUUUAGACAAUUCCCUGUCCCAAAAGAUUUCCACACUCCCAUACGUGGCAGGAAUGAUGCUCCUCAACCAAAUUUUAAGAAGGGACUUUAUGGAAAGCCUGGAAAAAUCCACAGAUGUUUCUUUCCUUGAGGAACUGAACAAAAAGGAGAGUUUGCGACAAAUAAGGACAAAUUUGGAAUGUUUACAACAAAUAAGGACAAAUUUGGGACGUUUUCCUCUCCCUCCACCCCUCUUUUGUUUCCUUAUCUGCCCACAAAUGUAAAUUUGCUGCUUCUUUUUUUUCUGGGUGUCCUUUGACCCACAAAAGGAUGGGAUAAUAUUCCAGGUGGGAUAAUAUAAUAAUAUUUUCUAUGUUAAUCUCCAAAGGAUGAAAUUCCCUUUCCAGGCCAAUCUAAACAGGAUUCAUCUGGGCCAUUGUAGAGCAGCUCCAAGCAGAUUUUAUAGAGUGUUUUAAUUAAUUUAUAAGCACUUUCUAGGCUUUUAAAUUAUCCUGAUUUUCCUAUCCCAACCAUUUUUUUUCCUCAGCCAAUCACAAGAAGCUUAUCUGUUAAAAUCUAUUAAUCUGUUAAUUAUUAUUAUCCCUUAACUAUCUUGGUUUCUUGGAGAAACAAGAGAAGAACAAACGCCAUUUUUAGGGAACUUUUCCUUCAGGGGAUUUGCUCUCCCAGGAAAACACAACCACGACCUCUCCACUACCAACAAAACCAUGGAAAAUUUUAAAACCCCUCAAAAAUAGAAUUUCCCAGCCUGGAAAGGAGGGCUUAGCCCCUGUUUGUGCCCUGUUUUCCCCGUGGCUGGGGCAGGCAGGUGUCCCUUAUCAGGAGCAUUCCAGGCAGGCUGUUUGUCACAGGAACCGGCCCGAGCGGGAGCGUGCCGGGAAUGAUUCAGUGGGAUGGGGAAGGGCAGGUGGAGCAGGAAAAGUCACCUCUGGACAGGAAGGUAUAAAAGACACCUGAGCUGCAGCAGCACCAGCCACUCGAGCACGGGGAGCUCCUCGAGGUUUCCUUGCCUUGGAAAGACCUGGGAACAACGCCGAGCUGGAAUUCCAAGAUUAUCGACUCCAAAGGCUCCGAGCCUGAGUGUCCUCUGGGGAGGAGGUGGGAAUCAAGAGAUCAGAAGAUGCUUUUGUCCCUCUAACAGCACCUGAACAGGCCUGCCUCAUGCUCCAUAAUCCCUGAGGGCCUCCCAGACUUAGAGAUUCCCUCAUGGAAUCUUCUGCUCUCCUCUCUGCUCAGGUGCCGGGGAGCACCACCCGGGAGUCUCCCAGGGCUCUGUUCCUCUCCGGGGGCUCCAUCAUGUCCUGCUUCUCCCAGCUGUGGCACUCCAGCACUCCGGAGUCUCCCACCAGCCCCGUGCCGGCGUCUCCAGGAGAAAUCCCCAUCCCCAUCAGCCCCAUCGUCGUCACCUCCCCCACAGAUGGCAAAAGGAAGGGCAGAUCCCCCACGGGCUCUCCCAGCUCUCCAAAUCCCACCUCUCCCAAGCCAACCUCGCCCGUGGAAUGCUCCAUCUGCUUCAACACCUACGACAACACCUUCAAGACCCCCAAACUGCUGCAGUGCUCCCACGUGUUCUGCCUGGAAUGCGUGGCCCGCCUGAGCACGGGGCUGCCGCCCAACCAGCCCGAGGACCUGCUGCCCUGCCCCUUCUGCAGGCAGCUCACCAACAUCCCCCAGGAAGGAGCUCCAGCCCUGGAGACCAGCAAGGAGCUGCUGGCCACGCUGCCCCCGGAGCUGCAGCAGGAGAAGGUGCUGUGGAUGGAGGGCACCAAGCUGUGCUGCCGGCGCGCCUCCGACGACCCCGAGAACCCCGAGUCGUGCAUCUCCAUCGACGUGGCCAUGAGCAAACCCGAGAGCACGGAGGCUCCUCCCACGGGGCUGGCGGGGAGGCUGUCCCGCUGCGACCUGUGCGACGACUGGAAGCGCAUCGUGCUGCUCUCGGCCCUCAUCAUCAUCCUCUUCUGCAUCAUCCUGUGGCCCGUGCAGUGCGCGCUCAAGACGGGCAACCUGCGCUGCUUCACCAGGACUGUGGCCAUGAGCAGGCCCGAGUACCUGCCCCCCAAAGCCACCACGGCGGCGGCUUCGGUCACACAGCCGCCCUUCCAGUAGUGCUAGAGCUCCUGGAUGUGCUCAGGGGUGAGGAACAGGGACAGGACCUGUGAUAAAAUCCCCUUCCAGUAGUGCCAGAGCCCCUGGAUGUGCUCAGGGGUGAGGAACAGGGACAGGACCUGCUGCUGGGACAGGAACUGUGACAAAUCCCCUUUCCAGCAGCACCAGGAGUCCCUGGAUCUGCUCAGCUCAGUGGGGACACAGGACAGAACCUGCUGCUCUGGACAGCUUCUGGGACAAAACCCUUUUCCAGUAGUGCCAGAGCCCCUGGAUCUGCUCAGGGAUGAGGAAUAGGGACAGGACCUGCUCUCCUGAAAGGAUCUGGGAUAUAACCCUCUUCCAGUAGCACCAGGAUCUGCUCAGGAAUGAGGAACAGGAACAGAACCUGCUGCUCUGACAGCUUCUGUCACACAGCCCCCCUUCCAGUAGGGCCAGGAGCCUCUGGAUCUGCUCCAGGAUGAGGAACAGGACCUGCUGCCCUGACAGGACCUGUGACAGAAUCCCUUUCCAGCAGCACCAGGAGCUCCUGGAUCUGCCCGGCUCCAUCCCCACCGCGGGGAUGACGAACAAGAGCUGCUGCAUUCCUUGGAUUGCUGGCAGACCCCACAUCCCGCUCUCCCCACACUCCUGUGCCUCUGGAAGGUUCCCUCCGCAUCCCGCUGCCACCUCUCCAUGGAAACCGGGGCUGGGAAAUGCACGGAGAGGUUUUUUUUUUCCAGGAGUGGCACAGAGCUGGAUCCCCCGUGGCAGUGGGAAGCGCCGUUCCUCGAGCUCCCGAGGGAAUAAAGGAAUAUUUUCUGCCAACUGGAGCAGCUCCAUGAUUAUUCCCGUGAGGAGCUGGGAUGGGGAGGGCGAGGACACGUCCGAGCUGGAUAAAUAGAAGGGAAACACCCGCAUUCCACAGGCUGGGAAGGUUCCCGUGCUGCUGGAGGUGGAGCUGCUGCCUCCUGCUGACAGCCCCGGACCCAUCCCCACGAGCAUUCCCACAGAACCCAGCACCCAUUCCACUCGUUUUUCCCAAGAAGAUGCUUAAAAAUCCCUCAUUCCCAGCUGGAAGGUGAUUUUAUACCCAGGGCUGAGCUCUGAGAGGCACAAACCCAGCAGAGCCUGGAGUCACCACAUCACCAAACCUCCCCCAAACUUCUCACUGCUGCCAAAAAAUUCCAUGUUUGUUUUUUUUUUGGACAGCUUUUCCUUCCUCAUCUUCCAAAGUGUCAGUAUUGGGACCAGGCCAGUGGCUGACAUUCCUUUUUAUUGAACCAGGGAUGUGCCAGUGAUUCCCAGAGAAUUCCUGGUGAUGCUGGCUCCCAAUUCCAUGUUUUUAUGCAGUAUUGUGUGCAAGGACCACACUGGGAUGGAUUAAAUUAUGUUUUCUACAA